CUUGACUAGAGGGAUCACUGACCAUCUCUCCCUACGAACCUCUUUCGUCUGCUGGCAGGAAUUCUCUCGAAUAUUCUGGACGCCCGAAUGGCGUAUACCCAGACAUUGAGCCCUCAGUCGAUGCACCAGCAGUACCGUGACGUUCACACGUCGGGAUCACCAAUACACCACCCACGGCAGCCUUCGAAACAGCGCUUCGUUGCAGAGCUGUCGCAAUGCCUUUUCGACUUUGUCAUCCAGCUGCUUCCGACCGCCGAAGAAAUGGCUGUAAAAGAGGAUGUGCGCAAGCUGCUGGAAAGACUUAUUCGCACGAUCGAGCCAGACAGUAGACUCUUGUCCUUUGGCAGCACCGCAAAUGGAUUUAGCCUUCGCAACUCUGACAUGGACCUUUGCUGUCUCAUCGAUUCCGACGAACGUUUGGCCGCCUCCGAUCUUGUAACCAUGUUAGGCGACCUUCUUGAGCGCGAAACUAAAUUCCACGUCAAGCCGCUACCCCAUGCCAGAAUACCAAUCGUUAAACUUACCCUCGAUCCGUCACCUGGUCUACCCUUGGGAAUUGCCUGUGAUAUAGGCUUCGAAAACAGGCUGGCGUUGGAAAACACACGGCUACUCAUGUGCUACGCCAUGAUAGAUCCAACGCGUGUCCGAACACUAGUAUUAUUUCUCAAAGUGUGGAGCAAACGCCGGAAAAUAAACUCGCCCUAUAGGGGUACCCUGUCGUCUUAUGGAUACGUCCUCCUUGUAAUCUACUUCCUCGUCCACGUCAAAAAUCCCCCAAUAUUGCCAAACCUUCAGCAAAUGCCCCCUUUACGUCCCAUCUCCAAGGAAGAUACGCAUCUUGGAGAACACAACACUUGGUUCUUCGAUGAUAUUGAUCUCUUACGGCAACGUUGGCACUCCGAAAAUAUGGAGACUGUUGCAGAACUGUUAAUUGAUUUCUUCCGUUACUAUUCUCGCGACUUCUCGUACAAUACGGGCGUUGCUUCCAUUCGGGCUGGACUUAUCAAAAAGGCGAGCAAGGGAUGGCAAAACGAUCUAUCUGCUGGACGCUUCAACGAUGCACGAGAACGAAAUCGGUUUUGCAUUGAGGAUCCUUUCGAAACCGAUUUUAACGUGGCAAGAUGUGUCACUAAAGACGGCCUGUAUACAAUCCGCGGCGAAUUCAUGCGAGCAUCAAGGGUCCUUGCCGCACGCCCAGAACGUGCUAUCCUGGCACUGGCCGAGCUUUGUGAGGAGCGUAAAGAUGAAGAUUUGGUUUCGGCGCCUGCCCCUCGAUUAUCGAACCUUCCUCCGCAGACUCCAUAUAGUGUUGGAAGUCAGUCCAUGCGACCCAAAGGUGGUUCUGAUCGGUUUUCGCCGCCAACACAUUUCUCGGAGCCGAGUGGUCGGUCUCCACCAGUCGUCAUCCGUCCCCCUCCAGAACAUAUGGCACCCAAACGAGGGAAAUGGACCAGCCCUCCCCCACCCGAGGCGCCAUCUGCGGAUCAUACUCUUUUUGAAAACCAGCUUGAAAAUGGCCUUUCAUUGGCAACCGCUUCUACAGAAGCACGCGAACGGGAAGAAGCACAUAAUGACUCUUCAAGUGAAGUUCUCACCGAUGAAGAUCGUUCUGAUGCUACCGAGUCUGACGAUGUUCGCUCGAUUCAUUCUUACACUGAGGGGUCGGUCUCCAAUCAUGGUACCCGUCGAUCGCCUUGGUUACCACCUUCGAGGCUGGGUCCUGUCCAUACCGACGCUGGUGUCGAUGUUUUAUCGAGACUUGUAACAGGCGCACGGGGACGGUUUCACCGCCUGGAGCGCCUCAGCGAAUCUUCACCUACAUCUUCGAAGGUCACGCUUGACAACUUUUCUUCUGUUUUCAAACCUGAUCCUUCUAAACGGUCUUCGUCCGCACGAUCACCGAAAGGUUCUCUCUGGUCAUCUACGGCCCUUACUUCCCCACUCCCGUCUUCUCCUGAUUCCCCGGUUGACUGCCAUCUUUCAGAUUCCGCCACUGUCGCCUCGCCCAAACGUUCUAUACCCCUCUCAAGGAUCACAUUCGCCUUUGCUUUCGCAAUACCAGCAGCAUAA